GGACCCAUCAUCACAUCUCAACAAGCGCGCACCUAUGAACUCGAUGUCUCCUUACUCGAGCGUCUCUUCGAUAGACCUCUGUACGCGGAACACGCCGAGACACGUCAUCCUCGACGUCCACCCCUCACUGGUUUGCCGCUGCACCAAAAUUCAGUGCAAUCAAUGUUCAAGCCAUUCAUGAAUCUCAUUAAGAACUACCGUUCUCACCCAGCAAUCCUCAUGCCACCUUCGGCUAUGUUCUACAAUGACUCGUUAGAGCCUUGCGCGAGCAAUGGUAUGAUCUCCUGGGCGGGACUAUCCAACGAUAAAUACUCUCUAAUGUUCCUUGGCUGUGACACUAAGGAUGAAAGCGUCGACGAGCAUGCUACCUGGUUCAACAUUGGCGAAAUAGAUGGAAUUGUAGGAGUGAUCAGCUCAUUGAUGUCGGAGGCCGCCCAAAGCAUUUCACCGCUCCAAGCUGACAAAAUCGGGGUCAUGGCACCUUGGCGAGAACAAGCACGCGGGGCUAUCUCGAGUGGAUGUGGAACUGUGGAGGACUAUCAAGGCAGAGAGAAACGAGUUGUGAUCAUCUCUUGUGUGAGGUCUAGUGCCAGGUUUCUGACAGAAGACGGACAGAAGGGGAUUGGUCUGGUAUUUGAAAAGAAAAGAAUGAAUGUAGCUAUUAUCCGUGCUAAAGAACUCCUCGUCAUAAUCGGCAAUGGCAAUCUACUCAAAUAUGAUCCAUAUUGGAAAGGUUUCCUCUCCAAGACUGCUGAAGCCGAAGAAGAAGUUGGUUUGGCGACUAUUGAUCCUACAGGGAUGAGGGCCACGAUGAUGCUAGCGGGAGGUGUAGUAAGGGAGAUUCUCAAAGAUAGUUUUUGA